AUGAACAGUAAACAAUCACGUGUCUUCUUCGGUCAAGUUCACCUGUCUUCUCAGAUCGGCCAAUCUGAAGUGAAAGAGCAAUUUGCGGUUCACUAUGAGGCUCAAAAGAAGAAAGAUAUUCACGAGAUCUGCUCGACCUCGUCUUCUUCUUGCCCUAGUUCCUUUCAUAUCAGUCCCCUAGUUGAGAAAUGGGAUGAUCCGAACAUGGGUCAGGAUGUAAGGGUAGCAGAAGUUGUGAAGCAAUUGGACCGGGCUUGUAGAGAAGCUGGGUUCUUCUAUGUGAAGGGUCAUGGCAUUCCUUGCUCUCUUAUAAAGGAGAUUAGAAGCAUCUCGCGCCAGUUUUUCCAUUUGCCGUACGAGGAGAAGCUCAAGAUUAAGCUAUCGGGAGAGACUGGAUACAGAGGGUAUCAAAGAGUCGGCGAGAAUAUUACGAAAGGUGUUCCGGACAUGCACGAAGCUAUCGAUUGCUACAGAGAAGUCACACCCGGGAUGUAUGGAACUCUUGGCAAAACCAUGGAAGGAUGUAAUAAAUGGCCAAGUGACCCUCCAAACUGUAAAACGUUAAUGGAGGAUUAUAUCAGUCGCUGCACAGAUCUGUCGAGGAAGAUAAUGAGAGGGAUAGCUUUGGCAUUGGGUGGGCCAGUGGACGUGUUCGAAGGGAGCAUAGCCGGUGACCCGUUUUGGGUGCUCCGUGUGAUCGGAUAUCCUGUUGUCCACCAUGCGAAUGGCAAUCUAAUGGCGAACGAGAAAAAUGAUGUGGGAUGUGGAGCUCAUACCGAUUAUGGUUUGCUGACAUUAGUUAAUCAGGAUGAUGAUAUAACUGCACUGCAAGUAAGAAACAAUAGUGGGGAAUGGAUAUCAGCUGUACCUAUUUCUGGUACAUUCGUUUGCAAUAUCGGUGACAUGUUAAAGAUACUGACAAACGGUCUUUACGAAUCCACUCUUCAUCGGGUCAUCAACACCUCACCGAAAUACCGCAUUUGUGUUGCAUAUUUUUACGAGCCAAACUUUGAUGCGGCUAUAGAGCCACUGGAAACGUGCGUGGAGAAGACAGGCGGGACCCGCAAGUUCGAAGCAGCUGUCUAUGGAAAACAUUUGGUCAGUAAAGUGCUGACUAACUUUGUAAAGUAGUUUUUGAUUACCAUAGGCUUCCAUUUUCUAGUAUUUAUCUGUUUGGCACCUUAUUUUGUUCUGGUGGAUACUACUUUGUAUAAAAUAACAUUGCAUAUUUGCAUUCACUUGUAUGUGUUUAUGUUAUUAAAUUGUCAAUAAAUUAAG